AUGUCAUUAUUCUUACCACCAGGUCAGUGCUGCGCUCACGGGUACUUCCAAACAGGUCAACCCUUGGGCCAAUACCAAGAAAUAGGUGAAUUAGAUACAUAUGUAGUUGGAGAUUCAGAUAAUGUAAUAGUAAUUUUAACAGAUGUACAUGGACAUAAAUUCAAUAAUACAUUAUUAGUAGCUGAUGAAUUGGCAUCACAUGGAUAUAAAGUACUUGUACCUGAUAUUUUAAAUGGUGAUCCUAUUGAAUGGGGUGGUGAUUUAUCUAAAUGGUUGAUUAAUCAUACACCUGAAAUUACUUCUCCAAUAAUUUCAAAUUUUUUACAAAAAAUUCAAUUGGAACUUAAACCUAGUAAUGUGUUUGGAAUAGGUUAUUGUUUUGGUGCUAGAUUUAUUUUAGAGAAUUUAAUGAAUGAAACAGCCAAUGGUAAAAAACUUCUAUCAGCUGGUGCAAUUGCACAUCCAGCAUUUAUAGAUAAAGAACAAAUAUCAAAACUUCAAAAUACUUGGUUAUUAUUGAGUUUAGCAGAAACUGAUCCAUAUCAUCCACCACAUUUAAGAGUUGAAACAGAAGAAGAACUUAAAAAAUUAGCUCAAGAGCAAAAUGUAGUAUAUGAAGUAACUAUUUUUUCACAAUGUGAACAUGGUUAUGCACUUCGUGGUGAUAUUAGAAAACCUGCUGUUAGAUAUGCUAAGAAUAAAACUAUUUUGGAUCAAGUUCAUUUUUUUAAGAGUUUUGAAGAAGAGAUGAACUAUAAUAGUCAAAUAUAA